AUGACGAGCUUCAAUCUUGUGAACACCCUCCUUUUCCCAGCACCAGAGUCGAGCUAUGAUUUGAACACCUUUCCAGAGGAGGAACUUAUUUGGCUGCCCAGAAGCCUUGAUCCUGAUGAUCCAGAUGUCGAGGCAAACGUUCCGUGCCUCUUCCUAACCUCCGGCUCAGCGCGUUUCAUGAUGCUGUAUUUGCACAGCAAUGCGGAGGAUCUUGGUCGGUGCUACAACUUUUGCAACAUGCUGCGGAUGCAAUUCCAGGUGAAUGUCUUGGCAGUGGAGUAUCCUGGAUAUGGGAUGUGCGGAGGCGGCCAGGCAGAUGAGAUGUCGGUCAUCGAGAAUGCCCGCCUAGCCUUUCGCUUUAUCACAGAGGUCCUUUGCUUUCCAUCAGAGGACAUCAUAAUCCUGGGCAGGUCUGUGGGCAGCGGGCCAGCCCUUCAUCUUGCUGCUGAAGCGCGAACUUACGGGGUCAUUCUGAUUUGUCCAUUCCUGUCUGUAAAAGAAGUGGUGCGCUGCCACCUUGGUCGGGUUGCGGACUUCAUCGAGGAGCGCUUUCCAAACAAGGAGAAGAUGAGGCAAAUCUCAGGAUUUCUGCUGAUCGUUCAUGGCAAAAAGGACACAGUUGUGCCUUGGACACAUGGCCAAGAGCUCUACGAUGCCUGCACGCGUCGCAAGCGCUUGGUCACACCGGAGGACAUGUCGCACAACGCAAGCCUUCUAUCAGAUCCCACAAUCUUUAUCGUGCCGGUCCUUCAAUUCUUUGGCCUGCCCGAUUACAACUUUGAGCCGCUGAGGAUCCCAAGUUGGGUCUUCGAUGCGAGCUUGACACCGACAAGCUUCCGAACGGAACGCAAGGCACAGUGA